AUCAGGGUACCAGAAUUUUCCUGAGAUAUAUGAAUGCACAUGAAGAGACCCAACCAAAGGUCACAGAGGAACAUCUCGUCUUGAAGAAUCAACAAAGUAAAAGAGAUUCAAAUUCCAUGUUACUUUCAACACGUGAAAGAAAACCCCUUAUGUUGCCAAACAAGAUUUUCCUUUCUCUUGUCAUAUGUUUACACUUUUUUUUCCUUUAAUUUCUAUUGUUUACUUUUUCAUCAAUGGCUUUUUUAAAUUCUAUUAGACAAUUAAAUUCCAAGGUCUCUCUGUGUUUACGGAAACCAUCAACUUUCAGUAGGUUGUUAUCGACAAGUCGAGUUAAUUGUGGUCCAUUAACGACACUUUCUGAAGAUGAGGUCGCAAUAAAAGAUAUGGUCAACAGGUUGUGUCAAGAUCUAAUCGCCCCAAGGGUCAAAGAGAUGGACGAAAAAUCAAAAAUGGACCAAGUUAUCAUAGAUGCGCUUUUUGCCAAUGGUCUGAUGGGCAUUGAUAUUGAUACUAAAUAUGGAGGAACCGGUGCUAGUUUUUUCAGCACUGUUUUGAGUAUUGAAGAAUUGGCUAAAUGUGAUCCCUCGGUCAGUGCACUUAUGGACAUUCAUAAUACUCUGAUUGUGAAAAUCUUUACCAAUUAUGCUUCUGAAGAGCAGAAGCAAAAAUAUUUACCCAGAUUAUGUAAAGAUACAGUUGGAAGUUUUUGUAUCUCUGAACCAGGAUCAGGAUCAGAUGCUUUCGCUUUGAAGACUCGAGCUGAAAAUAAAGGAGAUCAUUUUGUCAUCAACGGAGGAAAAUCUUGGAUAUCGAAUGCUGAACAUGCAGGAGUAUUUUUGGUUUUCGCUAAUGCCGAUUUUAGUAAAGGUUACAAGGGAAUCUCCUGUUUUAUUCUGGAGCCAAAUAUGCCUGGAUUUUCAAUCGCUAAACCAGAAAACAAAUUGGGUAUCAGAGCUUCAUCAACCUGUGGAAUAACAUUUGAAGAUGUUAAGGUACCAGCGGAGAAUUUAAUUGGAACACUAGGUCAUGGAUAUAAGUACGCAAUCGACUCAUUGAAUGAAGGUAGAAUUGGAAUCGGUGCUCAAAUGCUCGGAUUAGCUCAAGGGUGUUUCGAUUAUACCGUUAAAUAUACUCUCGAGAGGAAACAAUUUGGUAAAAGGAUCUUUGAUUUCCAAGGGAUGCAACACCAAAUCGCUAAUGUGGCCACACAAAUUGAAGCCGCUCGACUUUUGAUCUACAAUGCAGCUCGACUACGUGAAUCUGGUGCUAAUAUCGUGAAAGAAGGUGCAAUGGCCAAAUAUUAUGCUUCCGAAGUUGCGACAAUAACAACAAGUAAAUGCGUUGAAUGGAUGGGAGGUGUUGGUUUUACUCGCGAUUAUCCCGUUGAAAAAUAUUAUAGAGACUGUAAAAUCGGUUGUAUCUACGAGGGAACAACAAAUAUACAAUUCAACACGAUCGCUAAAUCACUGGAAACAAUUUACAAGUAAAUUCUAUUCUAAUCAAUGACUAAACCAAACCAUUAAUUAUCUGUUAUCUGGGCCCAAAUUAUUGUUAUUUGUUUUUCUAUUGUAAAUUUAACUAUGCCAAUCAAAUGCAUUAAUUGAUCAUCUUGAUCUAAUUAUUUUCUCUACUUUAUCAUUAAUCUAAUGAUAAUAAACUUACCUAUCUUUGGGAAUCAA